AUGUGGCGAUUUGCUAUUUAUACACCAAAAACAACAAUACUCAGUAAAACAUGCUUGAAAACAAUCCGACAAGCUUUAAAACACACGGACGGGAGAACAGAUUACUUUAGAUUUUUAAGCAAUGAUGCAGCAGCUUCCAUUCGAGCUGAUAAAGAUCAACCUAUUCGUGAUGUGUUCUCUCUCGAUGACUUUGGCCUCCUUACGAACAAGAGAUCCUCAUCGAUAGAAUCAAUGAGCUCAACGGGCGACACUUUUUUGGAACACCUCUUCCGUAACGACACACUUAACACUUUUUCGAAUGUUCAAAUUCCAACAACAAUGUCAUCUCGUGAACUAGCUGUAUCAAACGAGAUUCUGGGGUACGACUAUGUCUCCGAGUUAUUGUCAGAAGGAGCUAUACCAGAAGAAAUCGCUGAAAACCUAGCAAUGGAGCCAACUCCUUCCGAAGCCGAGCUCCCACACUCCUUUUCUGAUUCUUCAAUGUAUCACGACGACCAGGAACCAAGUACAUCUGGAUUGGAGACUACAUCUCUCCCUUUCUUAAUACCGAAUAUUGACGAUCCACCAACAGGAGACAAAACAGAUACUAGGAAAAUUAUGUCAGAGAAGUUACGAAGAGAAAGGAAAUUGAAUUUGUCCACUACUGCCCCAUUAGAAUCAUCAGAUGAGAUGUCAACACAUCUUUUCCACGUUCCAGUAAAUUCUGGGAUUCAAAGUGUUGGUGAAAUGCUUUUUCCCGAUUCUAUCCCUUUGGAAUCCUAUACAAGUCAGUGGAAAGAAGGGGAAAAUUUCGCAAUUACCAUGCAACUUCCAAAACCCUCCAGUAGCACUGAUUACCCUAUCGAAUUCUCUCUAGACGUUUUGGAAGGAAUAAUGACAGAAGGAUCAAUGCUCGAGCUUCAAAAAGAGUUAAACGCUGUCGGAGUUUGGCCAGAAUGGAUAUUUACUGGAGAUCGCAGAUUAGUUUCAAGAACCAACACGAUUCUACGAUUUGUCGUAGAGAACAGCAUAGAUUAUAAGGAAGCAGAAGAAAUAAUCAAAAACUUCUCAUCAUCUCAUAUGAAGGCUGUUAUUCCUGAUGAUAUCAUUCUUCAUCUUACUACCAAAACCGUAGAUUCAUCUUUUAAAAUCGAAGAAGUUCUCAAUCAACUUGAGAGGUUCACAACUAUUGCGAUGACUCGUGAACUACGUCCCAACCACUCACUUGUGGAAGAACGUUUGGUAGAUCUGUACAAUACGUCCAUAAAGAAGUUCCCAAAAGAUGCAGCUACCCUGUUCAGUCUCUGUUCCAAGUUAAAUUUGGAUCGAUCUGCUGACAUUUUUAUGAAAUGUUACGGAGAGACCCAAGCCGACAAUAACAACUUCUUGAAAAGUUUUGGAGAGUGGAAGAAACUUUCCAUAAAGUAUGGAACUCGGCAAGGCAUUGAAAGUUAUUGGAAUGCUGCGUUGAACUGUGAAGGUCCUAUAGAGAAGCGUGUUGAAGCUCUUCUUGUGCACUCUGGAAAAACCGAGCAUCCGUUUUCAACAGUGGCGCGAAUGAUUUGCUCAUUCGUAAAACUUAAUAAACUGGAGGAAGCUCUCGAAGUAUUCCGAGCAGUUUCUGUCUCUGGAAAACAUUUCAAAGAACCACUCGCCUCGUUUGUAGAAAAGAAGGAUCUGGGAUCUAUUGAACGGUUAGCAACCCUCAUUGAGAGAGGUAUGAUUGCCGAGAAACGACGAGGCAGUCGCCUGCAAGCAACGAACAAAACCGAUGUGGAGUGCGAGAAGAAACACUCACUCAGUGAUGGUGUUCAUGCUGUGUUAGCGAAAUUUUAUGGAGUUGGUGGCCAGAAGAAGAAGAAGUUUGUCGAUAGCAAAUUGAAAAAGAAAAUCCAUCGUGUUGAUGAAGAACAACUUCAUGAUUUGUGCAAAUCUCUUCAAAAAGCCUGGAUUCAAUGUGCCAAUAAUAAAGACUCUGUCGACCGUCUUGUAGGAUGGUGCCAAUCAAAUCGUAUUGAAAUUGAUGAAAAGAUGCUGGGCUUGGGUAGAAACGGACUUCGGACUCUUGCUGGUCGACGAGGACUGUCAUCUGCUGUUGCGCAGACUUCUAACUCCACCGCCACGCCUCCGCCGCAACAACAUCAACAACAAAGACAAAAUGGAGAUAAACGCAAGGAUUUUGUUAAUAGAACAAGUCGACCAUUUGCUUCAGCUACAUCUGCAGAGCAAAUCAAAUUGCAAAAGAAAUAUCAAGAAAACCUGGAGAGUAGCAAGUUGGAAUCACUUCAUGAUGCUGUUGAAUAUAUCGAAUGGCGUGGAACUGUAUUUCCACAAACUGUCGACAAAAUCAUUGGACUUCUUGAACGAUCAGCUAAUCUUUCUUCUCUCUCCGAUCGCCAGUUAGCAGUUCUUCUUUCAAUUUUUGGUGCAACAUGUGACACACUCUCACGUUCGCUUCGUGCACAGAAUCUUGAAAAGGUCGAGAAAAUUCUUCGUGAAAAGGGAGUUGUAAUGGGAUUACUCUCACGCAAUCAACUCAUCGAAGCGAAGGUUGAUAAUCGGAGUCGAGUGGACGCAGUUGAAGAAUUAGGAAAAUUUGAGGAAUCCGGUGUUGAAUUGGAUUCGAAGUCAUAUGCACUUCUUUGCGAGGUGUAUGCAAAACAAGCUAACCCAAAAGCUAUCACAGAUAUCAUUGCUCAUAUGAAAGCCAAUGGAAUUUCUCUAACGGAAGAUCAUGUGGCUCAACUAAUCUAUUCAGUAGCAAGAGGUGGUAGUUACGAUCAAGUUGGAAGAGUAGUGGACACCUUCUCCUCUUCAAUGAAUGUUGUCCGAUUGAGGUGUGCCGCCGCCAGAGCAAUUGCUGAACGCGAGAAAAGUGAACCAGGAAGAGGAGGUUUCGAAGUUACUGAAAUGCUGAGAGCCAUCCCAACGACUGCAAAAUUGCAUUCGUUUGAGAAUAACAUUUACGUUGUCAAUGUGUUGAUGGAUCUCAUUGAAAACGGACAAUUCGAUGCUUUCAAUCUGCUCUCAUCUUACCUGAUUAUCGCUGAAUCUGGCACAACUCUAGGAGAAAAUAGUCUUAACACAACGGUAGUCGCUCGUUCCAAAAGUCUUCUGAGUGAAGGAAGUGUAGAAGAAGCAAUGGCAUUGUACUCUUGUGUUCAUCCGUCGUAUGCUAAUGACUUCUUUGUUCAAAAGUUGAAAAAUACACUGGAGAACAAUUUGAAAUCAAUCACGACUACCAGUGCUCUGGAAGAUUAUUUCAAAGUAAUCACUCUAGCCGAAAACAGAGGGAUGGUCUCAUCUGCUAACGAAUUUCUUCUCACUUAUUGCUCUAAAAAUACAAUUCCUCUCUUCGCAGAAGUUUUUGAUCACGUUCAACAGUCUGGAGACCUUCGAACAAUUCUUGGACAAAAUCCAGAGAUUAAGAAAGCACUCGGACGCCAAUUAGCUCAACACUUGAUAAAGACUGUAUCACCUGCGGAACAAGCUGCUCUUCUGGCAAAAAUCGCCACAGUUAUGUUCGCACCAUCCGCAAAAGAAGCACCAGCCGAUACUCGUGAUUUUUAUCGAAUCAUGUACAAAGUUGUUGGAAAAGAUGUUAAACUGGUUCUCCCGGCUCUUGAUCUGAUGAAAAAUACUGUUUGGUAUGAGAAACGCGAGUUCGGAACUGCUAUUGUUCACCAACUUCUCUACUCUGAUCGAGACGAUCAUUUAGCUGCUGAGAAAAUACGCAUUCUCGUAGAGUCCAACAAACUUGGUCAACUCAAUUGUUACCGUCUUCAUGAUAAAUUAACCAAGUUUAUGAUGGCUGACAAAGAAAAACGAGUAAAUUUGGUUGCAAAAGUUCUUGCUCUCGAUUUUCCACCAGACGCUACUUCAAAAAUUCCUGUGAAAUUCGGGGGUCGAAAUUUGAUCAAAUUUAUGUCAAAUGAAAUAAUUUCAACCGAAAUCGCCGCUAAGUUGGUUCAAUUUUUGGAAGAAGAUCCACGCGUUCAGUUGACAAAUGAGGAACUUAAAGAAGCCAAUGUCGUUCUCAAGUCAUGCCCAGAAAAACUGGAUUUACUUGGAAAAUUACGAAAGAGUGCAACGAUGCAAAGAUGGAGAUCCAGUGACAUCAACGAAUUACUGAAAGAACUUUCGAACUUCACAUCUGAAACAAAAGAAGCCGUCAAAUCCACGUUGAAACGAGUUAUUCUUCAGAAAGUUAUCAAAGAAUCGUCCGAUGAUCUCGACCAAUUAGUCAACAUUUUGGAGCACGUCGUUGAAUGGAGAAAAGAAGAAAAGUUUCCUGAUUUUCUGAAAGCUCUGUCCAGAACUCUUGAAAAUCACGCUCUAUCAAAAGCAAUAUCUGCGAACAACAUGGUUCUAGCUGAUCGAAUUUGGCAAAUGAGAUCUGGACAUCCAGCAGUAGAUGUUCUACUUUCUUAUGCUUCUCGCCUUUUCGUGAACGGACAAGUGGAACGAGCCGAUGAAGUUUGUGAAGAGUUGAGAAAAAGUUCUCAAAUUAUUAGACCACAAAUUCUUGAAAAGAUGGGAAGACGAUUGAAGGGCGCUGAUCCUUCCAAGAUGAACGAGUUAGCCACUUAUCUUCAAAAUAGUUUCAAUUUGAAAUCAAAGGAUGCGAGACGAGUUGUAUUGCAAGCAAAGACUGAUCAGUUGAAUCAACUAAUUGAGACAAACGAUUUACCGGGAGCUCUCAGAAUGGCGAUCGAGGAGACAAAUUCUAGUAAACGUGCAUUCGGGCAAGUGCCAAUCAUGAUUGAAGCAAUAAAACGAAAUGAUAAGCAAACCUUGGAGAGCGUGUAUACAAUGGUUCGCUCCGCCCAUAACGUUGACAUGGCUAACGUGAAUCUUGCUUAUGCACUUAUCCAUUCAGACAAUGUGAAUCGAGCACGUAGUUUGGUAGAGCGUCAAAAUCUCAACAUCGAAAGUUCUGUUCUACAAUACUUUACGACUUUGGCCUCUGCAUCCGAAAAUCCAAAGCUGCUAAGAGAUCUUUUCAUUGUUUUCAACGGCCGUGCUUCAACGUUGGAUCUGAAUUAUUUAUUGGAACUAGCUACUAAGAAACUAUGGAGCAGUAACGACAUCGAAUCGCUGAUGAAGCUUUCUCAUGAAAUCGAAACGACAUCAUUCCCUCUUCAAAACAAACUUCGUACAUUCUUUGACGAUCUUAAGGAGAAACACUCAUCUUCUUCUCGAGAAUUUGUCGAUUUUGACUGA